AUGUCUGCUGCUACAAUGGGUUUCACGCCGGUUGUUGUCGGGGCUGGCCCUGAGCCCCAGGUCAAGGUCGAGGGCGAGGAAGCACAAGCGGGAGCCCCAGGAGUGACUGCUGGAGAAGCUGGAGGAGCGGAGCCACCCACAACCGGGUCCGCCGCCGCGCCCUCCGCGCCUGGCGCUCCCUCCAACCCCACCACUAACCCCCCACCUUCUACCAACGCCUCGACAUGUCCCUCUCCUUCUGGUGGCACGAACGGAGCCACCGCCAACGUCAACACCAACACCAACAGCGACAUCAAAAACGAACCGAAAAACGACACGUCCGAGACGGCAGGAGAGGCGAGAAGCGACUCUGCCACCCCCAACUCCGCCUCCGUAACCCCCACCGGCGCCAGCUCUUCCACCGCGCCCAACGCUGGGUCGUCGGAUGCGCCUAUCGCCCCAUCCAAGGACAAGGACAACGGGCGGGGCCAGUUUUCGCUCACGCCCGUGUGCCAAAACUGCCAGACCUCCACCACCCCGCUCUGGCGACGUGACGAGGCGGGACAGGUGCUCUGCAACGCGUGUGGCCUGUUCCUUAAGCUGCACGGCCGAGCACGCCCCAUCAGUCUUAAAACCAACGUCAUCAAAUCGCGUAACCGGAUCAAAAACCACGGCCACGGACCCGGUAACCCGGCCGUCGCUCACGGCGUCCAAUACUCGGUGGUGUCCGCCUCCCACCUGCCCCACGUCCACCCCCAGCACCAGGGCCACCACAACGGGCCCCAUCCGCCCCAGCAACACGGGGCUCCUCACUCCCAGCACCCCCACGGCCCACCGCCGCCACCCCACCACCAACACGCGCCCCCGGGCAUGCACGUGCCCAUGCACGUGACCCACAUUGGCCACCACCCGCCCCCACACAUGUGGCAGGGCCAGGCGCCACUGCACCAUCAGCAGCAACACGGCCCGCACCCGCACCCGCACCCGGGCGCCCAGCAGCACGCGCCGCUACACCCAAUGGCCGCUAUGAAGGACCACCCGCAGCAGCAUUACCUACCCCCACCGCAGCAGUAUGCCUCGCCACAGUUCCGCGAGCAGCAGUCUCCUAGUCUUCCUGGAUUUGGCUCGUUAACUGGAGGCAGCAGUAAUGGUGGUAACGGAGGAAAUGGCUCCACUGCCCCCUCGGGAACUGCGACUCCUGCUGCAGGAGCCACUGCCCCCGCCACUCCUUCCGCGGCAACUGCUCCAGCCACUCCGGCAGCUGGCUCCGGGUCUCCGACACUCAAAAAGAUCACGUCGCCUCUGCUGUUGUCUAACAACCCGCCUGGUGCUCUCCCCAACAGUGCGCUCGACCAACUGAGUGCAGCUGCAAGUCAGUCGCCAUACCUGACCGGCCAGGGCGAGCACGGAGGCGCAGGUGGACCGCAUACUGCAGGUGCAGGUGCAGGUUCAUCUGGCCCUGGAGACCUCAAGACGAGGCUGUCUGAGCUGGAACUCGUCAACGAUCUGUUCCGAAGCCGGGUUGCCGAGGUGGAGGCCGCAGAACAGGCUGCCAGACGCUCCGAGGCGUCCAUGCGGGAGUCGGAAAUGCUGCUGCGUUCGGCGCUGCACAGACUUGAGACCCGCAACCGUGUGCUGGAAAAACGAUGCAAGCUGCAGCAGGAAAAGCUGGAGGAGGCCGGCAUCAAGGUGGACGACGACGACGAUGUGCUCGAGGACAGUGAUGUGGUGCUGCCGCCGUUGCGAGAAGCCACAUCGGGAGAUGCACAGACGCAAGCUGCACCAGCAGCGGACGGUAUGACGUCGACGACGAUUCUACCGGCGUCUCCUGCGCGACGGAGACGCUCGAGUGUGGGCGGACAUGAGUCUGCGAAGCGAGAGUUCGAUGGACUGAGAAAGAAGGUGAGGGUGAGUGACCUGCUCUGA